AUGUCGAAACCGCCGCGGUCAAUUCCCCGGUCUUGGACUUCGACUCUCAAACUCCCCAAGUCGACAUUUCCCCCGCGCGUGUCGCCGGCCGACCAGAAAAAAUACCUCAAACGAUGCACUGAUGAGCUAUACGCCUGGCAGCGUCGCGAACGACCAGCCGACCAACCCUUCGUCCUUCACGAUGGCCCACCGUAUGCGAACGGAGACCUACACAUUGGUCACGCGCUGAACAAGAUCUUGAAGGAUAUAAUCUGCCGCUUCCAAUUGGGAAAAGGCAAGAGGAUUCGAUAUGUCCCCGGCUGGGAUUGUCACGGUCUGCCUAUUGAGCUGAAAGCGCUUCAAGGGCUCCGUGAUAUGGAUGUGGCCAAUGGAUCAGUUAGUGCAGCGGUGAUCCGGAAAUCAGCGCGCCAACUUGCGAGACAAACUGUCAAGGACCAGAUGAAAGGGUUCCGCGGAUUUGGUGUGAUGGCGGAUUGGGACAAUCACUGGAAGACCAUGGACAAGGCAUUCGAGAUGCGACAGCUGGGGAUAUUCCGGGAGAUGGUUGACCGAGGUCUAAUCUACCGGAAGUUUAAGCCCGUGUACUGGUCACCCUCAACCGGCACAGCGCUAGCAGAGGCUGAGCUGGAAUACAAGGAUGAUCACGUUUCGACCGCCGCGCUUGUCAAAUUCCCCCUGGUGAAUAUCCCCGAGCAUUUGACCAAAGACCCGCUACUUCAAUCGCGUGAUGUGAGUGCGGUGAUCUGGACAACAACGCCUUGGACAUUGCCGGCCAAUGCGGCUAUUGCUGUUAGCGAAGAAUUGGAUUACACUAUUGUUCAGUCUGAGACUCACGGAUGUCUUCUCGUGGCCCAGUCACGGGUUGAGUACUUGCAACAUAUGCUGAAUGAAGAACUGGAUAUCAUUGUGCCUUCGAUUCUUGGAUCCGAGCUAGCUGAUAAAACCACCUACCGACCUUUGUUCAAGGGCGCAGAUGCUGAGGCUCAGCCAAUUAUUGGUGCUUCAUUUGUUACUGCGGAUUCUGGAUCUGGAUUGGUUCAUUGUGCACCUGGACACGGUAUGGAUGACUACGAAGCCUGUCUUGCUCGUGGCAUUGAAGUUUUCGCUCCUGUCAACGACGAUGGCAAGUUCACAGAAAAGGCCAUGCCUCAUGACCCUGCUCGCUUGACUGGAAAGGCGGUCCUCGGAGAGGGCAACCGAGCCGUUUUGGACUAUGUACAAUCACGAGGUCAACUGCUCGCUCAACACCGCUACGAUCACAAGUACCCUUACGACUGGCGCUCCAAGCAGCCUAUCAUUAUUCGAGCUACUGAACAAUGGUUCGCUGAUGUUGCUGACAUUCGUAGCAGCGCUCUUAAAGCGCUCGAGGAUGUUGCAUUCGUUCCCGAGACUGGCAAGCACCGUUUGGAGAACUUUGUGAAGAACCGCAGCGAGUGGUGUAUCUCACGGCAACGUGCCUGGGGUGUGCCAAUCCCUGCUCUCUACCACCGAACUACUGGCGAGGCCGUUCUGACCAAGGACAGUGUGUCCCAUAUCAUGAACACCAUUGAGGAGCGAGGCAUUGAUGCCUGGUGGACUGACAGCGCUGAUGACCCUGCUUGGAUUCCAUCUUCGUUGCGGGACAACCCUUCGGGAUAUCGACGCGGCACUGACACCAUGGAUGUGUGGUUUGAUAGUGGCACUAGUUGGUCGGAGAUCGACGUUCCCCUGGAGGGACGCAGCCAUCCUGCCGAUGUCUAUCUCGAAGGCACCGACCAGCACCGUGGUUGGUUCCAAUCUGGACUUUUGACUUAUAUCGCCCAUCAGCUCGCAUCUGGGAAGGCUGAUACCCCUCGUGCCCCUUUCCGUACUCUGAUCACUCAUGGAUUUACGUUGGACGAGGAUGGUCGUAAGAUGAGCAAGUCUAUUGGAAACACCAUUCCUCCCCAGACCAUCAUGGACGGAACCCUCUUGCCACCACUCAAACCGCGCAAGGGCAAAGGAAAGAAACAGGCCGAGAACCAAGAACCAACCUACGACGCCUUGGGCCCUGAUGCCCUGCGCCUGUGGGCGGCAAGUAGUGACUACACCCGCGAUGUAGUCAUCGGGAAACAAGUCCUCCAGACCGUUCACACUAGUCUCCACAAGUUCCGAGUCACAUUCAAGCUUCUGCUAGGAGCCUUGGCUGACUUCAAUCCUGUAAGCGCAGUUCCUUACGCACAGUUGCAGCAGGUGGACCGAAUCGCGUUGAAACAGCUAUCGGAUAUGGUUCUUACCUCCCGGAAAUCCUGUGACAACUUCGAGUUCUACAAGGCCGUCAGUCAAAUGAACCGCUGGGCCAACCAUGACUUCUCUUCUUUCUACAUGGAGGCGAUCAAAGACCGUCUAUAUACCCUCGGCACCAACAGCGCCAGCCGUCGCGCUGCCCAGACUACCCUCUUUCAUAUCUUCAACCACCUGCAGGAGGUUCUGGGUCCCAUUACCCCAUUACUCGUGGAGGAGACUUGGUUCCACACCCCAGAAGCCAUCGCGACCCUCAGUGAACAUCCCCUGCAGCGAAUUACCGCAUCCCCUCCUCCCGAGUGGAACGAUGCAGCCUUGGAUGUUAGCUACCUUGAACUGAGUUCCGUCCAUUCUGUGAUUAAGAACCUGCAGGAGCAGGCGCGUGGACAGAAGCAACUUGGUUCCUCUCUCCAAUCAUUUGUUCACCUGGUUCUUCCCGAAUCUACUAGCGAUGCCUUCUUCCACAAAUACCUCUCCGAGCUGCCCGAUCUUUUCGUUGUAUCAUCUGUGACUAUUGGCCAACCUGGUGAGUCUGUUCCGUCGGAGAUCUCCCAAGCCGAGUGGCAUUACGAGGGGACUUGCGAACUUCCCAACAACCAACAGGGUAUGGUUCACGUCUACGCCCCUCAAGCUUCCAAGUGCAACCGAUGCUGGCGAUAUGCAGUUCCCGAACCCGUGGAGCCAGAGACUGCAGUUUGCGCCCGGUGUGAGGUGGUAUUGGAUGAGCUGGAGGGUUGA